AUGUUUACGGCAUUCAAAGCCAAUUAUAUUCGAAAGAUUAACCUCAACAGUAAUAAUCUUCAACUGUUAAAUUUCUCGUGGUUUUCAAAUAUGUCUCACCUGCAAAAUCUGAGGGUAAGUUUUAAUAAAAUUUCAACAAUUAUGCCAGAAAUUUGUCUGUUUAUAUCGACAAUAAUCAUUUUUCUGAAAUGUAAUACAAAUAUUAAGAAUUUGUUAUACCUUCUAAAAGUUAAACAGUUUAGGCGACAGGGUUAUCUUCCUAUUGUGAAUAGCGAUGAUUAUGAAUAUCACGCUUUUGUUGUUUAUUGUGAUGAAAACCGAAUAUGGGUUCAUGACGACUUCGUCAAAAAACUUGAAAAUGAGGAGGGAUUUAAGUUUUGUAUUUAUCACAGAGACUUUGAUGUAGAAGAAUCUGUCAGUGGAAACGUUGAUAAAUACCUUAAAAAGUCAUGGAAGGUUGUUGUUAUAAUAUCAAAUGCAUUUGCUAAAAGCGAAUGGUGUCAAUGGGAAGUCGAUAUAAUUCAGGAGAGAAGACGGUGACAAGGCAGAGAUGCACUUCUCUUAGUAAUGCUUGAAAAUAUCACCUCGAAAAACAUGACAAGUCCUCUGCGUACUUUAUUAGACAGUACCCCGCAUCUGAGGUACAAAAAAGGAAUUGGUGAAAACUUAUUUUGGACCACAGUAAUUGAAGAUCUUCGAAAAGCCGUUGGACAACCACCGAUUUCUGAAUUAUAGAUAUAAGUUGUUAUUGAUCUGUUGGUCAGUUUCAAUAUGUGCCAAUGUCUGUGUGGCGUUGAUUUAUUUUUCAAUUAAGCUUACCUCAUGUACUACUUGCGUUGUGUCCAA